CAUACUUGGACAACAUAUCCUCUAGCGUGCCUUGUUUUACUUUUGGAGGCUAAAAAAAGAAUAUUCGUGAUCCUCGACUAUUAGACUGCUCAUAGCUAGUGAGACUCGUUCAUUGAUACACGCAUAUUAGAGAAACCGGAGCUUCGAGAGACUCAAGAGAUCUUUUCCUUUUACCCAAGAACGAUACACAAAUAUGCAGCGACCUUCAACCGAAGAUCUAACUAGCGUAGAAUGGCGUGAUACCAAUUGGUUAGAGCGCGUUGGAGGAUUUCAAAAUCAACAAAUGGUCCUCGAUUACUUUGCAAUGUCUCCGUUCUGGGAUCGUCAGUGCAACAACCAAGUACUUUCUAUGCAAACACAAUAUAACGAUUUACGACAACCUUAUGAAGCAACUGUUGAAGCAUUAAGAAAGAUGACCGGUAUUGAGUUCGCGGUGGUGCACGAACAACCUCCUGUAUGGAUGAUCCAAAAACGGUAUAGACGAGGGCCUGAACCGAACGAUGUGAAUCCAAUUGCUACGUACUAUAUCAUGGGCGCAAAUGUAUACCAAUCUCCUACAAUCUAUUCUGUGAUUGCUAACCGUUUAUUAACGAGUCUGUUCCAUGUCAACAGCGCUUUCAAAGAAACACAAAAGUGGAUGGAUUUCCAUCCUGCGAAAGGAUACAGCUGGAAAUCCUCUAAACCAGCAUCAACAGACAAAUCCAAAGGUCAACAAGGAGGAACACUUCGUGCACGAGAAAACCAAGAGUUUCGGCAUUGGAUGGAUCGUGCCAUUGAAGCUUCAGCUUUACGAAUAGCACAAAAUCGGUUUGUUCCAGAGCAGACAGUGGUAACCAAUACACCUGAAGUUAGCAGCCUGGCAUCCGUUGGGACGUCGUCACAGCAUGGCAACAGAGAAGAAGCGGGCGGAAAGCGGCAGCGUAAAAAGACGGACGAAGGCAACAUCAGCAAGCGUAAAAAGAAAUCCACUGGCAAAUAACCCGUA